AUGGUAUGGAAACCUCAGCUAUAUGAGGUGGAUAUCAAAGAAGUCACUGAACAAAUGAUUCACAACACAGUAAAGCACAGAGGGAAUCGACUGAGUUUUAAUGUUACUAUGGUAUAUGGCUUCAAUGAACAAGCAGCAAGGAGGAGACUAUGGGAUAACAUCAAACAAAUAAGGGUCAAAUUGGAUGGACCAUGGGCUGUAAUGGGAGACUUUAACUGUGUUUUAAGCAGGGAUGAAAGAAUUGGAAGCAAGGUAACUAUGGUUGAAACUAGAGAGUUUAGACAAUGUAUAAAAGUCUGUGGUUUGAAGGAACUGAGAUCCUCAGGAGCCUUCUUCACAUGGAACAACAAACAAGGAGGAGACAGUCGAGUAUACAGCAUGAUAGAUAGAGUAGGUGCAUUCAUGAAUGAGGGUAUCUAUGAUCAUUGCCCAACAAUCAUAAACUGGGAAGGAAGGAAUGCAGGAGGAAAAAGACAGUUCAAAUAUUUCAACAUGUGGAGUGUGAUUCUAGAAUUCCAAACAAGAGUAAAAGAAGUUUGGGAAAAGGAAAUACAAGGCACACAGAUGUACAAAUUGGUAGGAAAGCUGAAUAGAACCAAAAAUGUGCUGCAAAGAUUGAACAAGGAAAGAUUUUCAAAUGUGGAAAAAGGGCUGAAACAGUAA